AUGCUUCCCACCCUCGACGACUGUGAUGAAUGCACGCCAGCAUAUCUCGCUCGGCGCCUGGAUUCGGUGCCUUGGUCGAUAAUAGCACUCGCGUCGAUACCCUUUGUGCUCACAUGGAUAAUAGCCGCAACACUCGCACAGCGGAAACUGUUCCCUGUGCUCGCAGGAGAAGUGGGACACGAGAGCGAUUCGAGUGGGUUACCCACCACGAGCAAGGACAGCUUCAAGCAUGGCAGCAAAUCGUGGAAGGAAUCAGUCAGACACCCUUCAGCACAAAGGAUCGCGUCAUCGGUCUUUUCAACCAGCAUUGGGCUAUCUGCUGUCCUGGUGGAACUAUUGUUGUGCGAGAUCUCAAACACCUUGAACCCGGCUGCAAGAGGACUGUUGCUGAAGGUGACAUUGGGCUCGCUAUUGACGCUGAGCGUUGCCAUUACACCCGCCUUGGAGAUACAUGGAAUGAUCAAAGAUGUUUUCGGCUCAAAGGCAGACUCUGUGUCCACUCGAAGAAGUCGGCCAACCCUUCGACGUGUGCUAGAGGUUGUGCUCUUCGCAUCGUGGCUGGCUCUAUUCUGGUAUAUCCCGCAGGCCUCCAUCUUGCGCAAAACUCUACACGAUCACAAAGAUGCUCAUACAGCAGGCGGACACGCCUUCACGGAAGCUUGUCUGGAGAGGAUUGGCAUCAUUGGCAUCACGCUCAUGGCCUCGCUUUCUGGCUUUGCCGCCGUCUCCUCCCUGUGGCAGACAUUUGGUGUGCGGCACCGAACGAUAAAGGAAGCCGAUAUCUCGCGCAAGGCCGCCGGUCUUUCGGCAACGGAAGGCAUGCUUUCUGUGAAACAGAGCAGAGCGCGUGCUCUGGAACGAAAGAUGUCGGAAUCCGCAUCUUCAUCCGAACAGCCUGGAUUCAUGGGAAGAAUGAUUGGGUCAAUCCGCGGCUCGAGUGAAGCCCAAGAGCUCAAGGCCUUGCGCAUGGAAAUUUCCGGAUUGGAGACGAUGCGAUUCACGCUCUCCAAUUCAUUGUCAAAUAUGCAAAACUUUCGCACCGACCAACAGCGUUCGCAUACUCAGCAUGGCAGACUCCUCACCAUCGCCAACAUGGGCUUCGCAAUCUACUGCGCUUACCGAAUCUUUGCGACAUCGCUGUCUUCACUACGCAGGUGGUGGCAGCCUUCGCACUCAUUCGCGGCCAGUGACCCCAUCAACAAUGUCCUGGCAAUCAUGACGACCCAUUACGACAGCAAUCUCGACCGCGAUGCUUGGUCACGCCAGAUCAGCUUCUUGCUUUCAGGUGUGAUGCUGCUGGCAUCCUUCAAUGCAGUGCUCCAAACAUUUCGCGUGUUUGCGAGGUUUGCGCCGGGCCUGUUGCAGCAUGCUCAAACGAGCUUGCCUCUGAUCAUCUCUCAGAUCGCGGGAACAUAUGUCAUAAGUUCCGCCUUACUCCUACGAAGCAAUCUCCCGGAAGAGGUAAGCAGCGUCAUCACCGAAGCGUUGGGUGCACCCCUGGAGGGCCGCUUUGUGGAGGCAUGGUUUGAAAGCGUCUWCUUGGUUGCCGUCGGGCUUACCGCGACAGGAAUUUUGGUUGGAAGGAAAGUGGGAGGUAACGAUGAUGACUGGGAUGAUGACGGCAGUAUAGAAAUGGGCAAGCAGAGCUGA